GCGACGGCUCUGGAGGCAGCGCGCCCGCGGGUUGCUUCGUUGUGGCUCGUCAGGCUCCCGUGGCGGCGGCGGCGGCGUUUGCCUCGGUGUCUCCCGCGCGCACUCCAGCCGCCUCCUAGCGGCGCGGCGCCCUUUCCUACGCCUAAAAUGACGAAUGUGUGAUCUCAGUGGAAUAAAUGGCGUCCAAAGUCACAGAUGCUAUAGUGUGGUAUCAAAAGAAGAUUGGAGCAUAUGAUCAACAAAUAUGGGAAAAAUCUGUUGAACAAAGAGAAAUCAAGGGAUUAAGGAAUAAACCAAAGAAAACAGCACAUGUGAAACCAGAUCUCAUAGAUGUCGAUCUUGUAAGAGGGUCUGCAUUUGCUAAGGCAAAACCUGAAAGUCCAUGGACUUCUCUGACUAGAAAGGGAAUUGUUCGCGUUGUAUUUUUUCCCUUUUUCUUCCGGUGGUGGUUACAAGUAACAUCAAAAGUCAUCUUUUUCUGGCUUCUGGUCCUUUAUCUUCUUCAAGUUGCUGCAAUAGUACUAUUCUGUUCCGCUUCUAGCCCACAUAGCAUACCUCUGACGGAAGUGAUUGGGCCGAUAUGGCUGAUGCUGCUCCUGGGAACUGUGCACUGCCAGAUUGUUUCAACGAGAACACCUAAACCUCCGCUAAGUACAGGAGGUAAAAGGAGAAGGAAAUUAAGAAAAGCAGCCCAUUUGGAAGUACAUAGGGAAGGAGAUGGUUCUAGUACCACAGAUAACACACAGGAGGGAGCAGUUCAGAGCCACGGUACAAGCACCGCUUACAGCGUUGGCGCUGUCUUCAGAGAUCUCUGGCAUGCUGCUUUCUUUUUAUCAGGAUCAAAGAAAGCAAAGAAUUCAAUUGAUAAAUCAACUGAGACUGACAAUGGCUAUGUAUCCCUUGAUGGGAAAAAGACUGUUAAAAGCAGCGAAGAUGGAGUACAAAGCCAUGAACCUCAGUGUGAAACUCUUCGAGCAGAAGAGGCAACCUGGAACACAGGAACACUGAGGAACAUUCCCAGCAAAGAUACCCAAAGGACAGUAACAAAUGUCUCUGAUGAAGUCUCCAGUGAAGAAGGUCCAGAAACAGGAUACCUAUUGCGCCGUCAUGCAGACAGGACUUCUGAGAGCAUUCUUCGGAAUAGAAAGUCACACCAUUAUAAGAAACAUUACCCUAAUGAGGAUGCCCCUAAAUCGGGUACUAGUUGCAGCUCUCGCUGUUCAAGUUCCAGACAGGAUUCUGAGAGCACAAGGCCAGAAUCUGAAACAGAAGAUGUAUUAUGGGAAGACUUGUUACAUUGUGCAGAAUGCCGAUCAUCUUGUACCAGUGAGACAGAUGUGGAAAAUCCUCAAAUUAAUCCAUGUGUGAAAAAAGAAUAUAGAGACGACCCUUUUCAUCAGAGUCAUUUGCCCUGGCUCCAUAGUUCCCACCCAGGAUUAGAAAAAAUAAGCGCUAUCGUAUGGGAAGGCAAUGACUGCAAGAAAGCAGACAUGUCUGUACUUGAAAUCAGUGGAAUGAUAAUGAACAGAGUAAACAGCCAUAUACCAGGAAUAGGAUACCAGAUUUUUGGAAACGCAAUCUCUCUAAUCCUGGGUUUAACUCCAUUUGUUUUCCGACUCUCUCAAGCUACAGACUUGGAUCAACUCACAGCACAUUCUGCUUCAGAACUUUAUGUGAUUGCAUUUGGUUCUAAUGAAGAUGUCAUAGUUCUUUCUAUGGUUAUAAUAAGUUUUGUGGUUCGUGUGUCUCUUGUGUGGAUUUUCUUUUUUUUGCUCUGUGUAGCAGAAAGAACUUAUAAACAGCGAUUACUUUUUGCAAAACUCUUUGGACAUUUAACAUCGGCAAGGAGGGCUCGAAAAUCUGAGGUUCCCCAUUUCCGAUUGAAGAAAGUACAGAAUAUAAAAAUGUGGCUCUCUCUCCGGUCCUAUCUUAAGCGUCGAGGUCCUCAGCGAUCAGUUGAUGUCAUAGUUUCAUCUGCUUUCUUGUUAACUAUCUCAGUUGUAUUUAUCUGUUGUGCCCAGUUGCUUCAUGUACAUGAGAUCUUCCUUGAUUGUCACUACAAUUGGGAACUGGUAAUCUGGUGCAUCUCGUUAACACUUUUUCUCCUAAGAUUUGUUACCCUUGGAUCAGAAACAAGUAAAAAAUAUAGCAAUACCUCAAUAUUACUUACUGAACAGAUAAACCUCUACUUGAAAAUGGAGAAGAAACCUAACAAAAAGGAGGAACUGACACUAGUGAAUAAUGUUUUAAAACUGGCUACUAAACUGCUAAAGGAAUUGGACAGUCCCUUUAGAUUAUACGGGCUUACAAUGAAUCCACUGCUUUAUAACAUCACCCAGGUUGUCAUCCUGUCAGCUGUUUCUGGUGUUAUCAGUGACUUACUUGGAUUUAAUUUAAAGCUUUGGAAGAUUAAAUCAUGACAAUUCAGAGAAAAGAAGAUGUAGCCUCUUUUCCAGAAUAAGAGUACCAACUAAGCUGCCUGAAAGCAGUCACUGACUCUUUGCUUCAGGAGUCUCAGCUGGGAAAUUGAAGUGUUUACAUCAGACUGUCCUGUGCAAUUCUUAUAUUUAUUUCACUUGUUCACUGUUUUUUACAUUUAUUUUAGUCUUUAUAUUUUAUUUUUAGCUUUGAUGUACUUACUUGUUGAAAGGGUGAUAAAACUGAUAUCCAGAUACUUGAGAUCCUGGUAAUUGCUCGUAAAUAAUGACAAAAUAACAAAUCGUGAGAAGAGAAGCCAUUGCUAAGCACUGUUUCUCCGUCAAUGCCGUGACUUGCCUUACUUGAGGAAAACUUCUUUAACUUUAUAACCUAGCAUUGGACUCAGCUAAACACAUAAAGCAUUUUCUUCAGUAAAUCAAGAUCCAGUCAGGGUUUCUUUUGAAUUAUUUCGGAACAAUGCCAGGAUCUAAAUUGAUUAAGCUGCAGUUUAAGCACCCUUCAGUAUUAAUAUAUAUGGUAUUACACAACAGGUCAACAAGUGCUCUUUGAUGAUAAAACUCUUAAUAGAGCAAUAAUUGUAAAUGGUUACCAUACUGUAAGAUAUUUUGAUAAAAAUUAACUAGUAAUAAUUGUAUUUAUUUGAAACACUGGGCUGUUUGCACAGCUCCAACUGUGCAUGCUCAAAAUGUGCACUUUUAAAAUUGUUACUUUUAAUGCGUAUCUUUAUAUGGGAUAUGUUAUAGUGUACUAGGGCAUGAUAUGGUAUCCUUUUGAGUGAGGUAUAUGCUCAUCUCACAAGUGAAGUGCCUAUUGAUAUUACUAAAGUACAUUAUGUUUACUCAAGUAAAAUAAUUUUCUCCCUAUGGUACACUAUAGUGUAUGCUAUUCAUACCACACUCAAAUGAACAACUUAAGAAUAAGCUUAAGAACCAAUUAAAUAUUCUUCUGAUUGUUAGUUGUAAAACUGUAUCUGAAUUUUCAGGAAAAAUAGCUAUAGCUUGCAAAUUCUACCUUCUAAACUUAGUCUGGUACAUCUACCCCUUCAACCCCCAAUUAUAUAAGGGCUAUUUUAGAUGCUUUUAACCUAGAAAGUUAACCCCCUCCCCCCUAAAUAAUUUGCCAAGUUUCCAAAUGAGAACUUAUCCUGUUGGCAUGUUAGGUAAAUAGGGCGAAUAUGAUGGUAUCUUACAUUGGGCCUUGAUUUUAAGUUGUUAUGUUUGUACAAUCAAGAAAUUUUAGGAGUUACGUGAAACAUGAAAUGUUUUAGCAAACUUUUUUUUUUAAAACUGGGUAUCUAGUUUCUAAAACAAAGAAUUUAUUUGAGACAGUCUAGAAUUUUCUUGGUGCAAGGUGUAUCAUGUUGAAUAUCCUCACAUUUUUUACCAUGUUUUUGGGAAUUUAAAAUAAUUAAUUGUAAAUUAUUUAUUUGAUUGGUGCAGUUCUAAUCCCCAAAUCAUCUUAAGAUCAGGAAUGUGUAGAGAACAGAGCCAUAUCGUAAUAUCACUUUGCUCUCACCAUUCCUUUUGAUCAGCCUCAAUUCAGCCAUAUUUUCUUUCUGUAGAAAACAACAAAAGUAUUUUAUUUUAUUUGCCUGUGUUCUAAUAUGUUUAAUAAUGACCAAAGUGCAUUCUGAGUUUUUUCAAGGAAUGUAUUACUGGAGCUUUAAGAACAUACUUAUUUUCUCCUGUGAAAAAUUAGGCUUUUUCUGAUAUGUUUCUUCUUCCUCUAUUGUCUAAUGUUGAGGUUAUUUCUAGGAAUUAUAUUUUAUAAACUUUUUCAAAAUAAGGUACAUACCUAUACAGAACUUAACAUUUUGCACAGAAUAUAUCGAAUAUAUUUUGAAAAAAAAAGUACAGCAUGAGUUCUGUUAGGAAUAAAAAUGAAACUAUUGUAUCUCACAGAAAAACUUAUUUCAGAAUGGAAAUAUUUUUGAGAAAAGUAGCUGAGUAAACUGAUUUAGGAAGAUGCUUGUUUUUGAUUGAAGUUCAUUUUAACUUAGAGUUGGGAGUUGAUUUAUUGAGUACAGUGUACCUCUCAACAAUGUAUUAAUAUGUUGAAUUAUGUCACUAAUGUGGGCAGCAGUAGAAUACUGAAAGGAAAAAGUUGUCAUUUUAAGUAAUUUCAGAACAUUAAUGGAACUGUUUUCAAAGCAGAAAAAUUGACAUUGCUGCCUUUAAGAAUACAAUGAAUGUAAGAAAUUGAAAGAAAUUGUAACAUAUCACAUAAUAUAGAAAAGGCAGUUCGAAGAUAGAAUUGUGGCAGAUGUUGUGUGUUAACUGUUGUUUCUUUGCCACACAUGUCGUAUUUGAAAGUUUGAACAGCAAGUUUAAAAUAAAACAUUCUAUGACUGACAGUAUUAAACUAGAAGUGUUUUCUUUUUUUUCUAAUUUUCAAGUCAUGCACAUUUCUAUGGUAAUUUUAUAUUUACUGUAGCAUAAACUUUAGGUAUAACUGUUAGAUUUGAGAGGAGUGGGAAAACAUUUUAAAAACCUUUCCAACAUUUCAGUUUUUGUUGAUUCUCAGAACAUGAAAGAAGAAUAUGUGCGCAGGCUUUUCAUCACCAAAAUGCUAUGACAUCAUUAAUGUUUGUUUGCUUGUUUGUUUGUAUUUAGAAACAGAAAACUGGCUGUAGCCUGGGAUAUUAAAAUUAAUUGCCAGAAGGAUAGUGGUGUUUUUAAUCAAGUGAUUUUGCACGUGAAUUCGGCGCGAGAGAUUAUGGCCAAUAAUAACAUAGAGUAGCCCAAAUCAUCUGUAGUAUGAUAAGGAUCAUGGGUUCUGGAAUCAGGCAGAGCUGGGAUUCUUUGCAGCAUGUGUAUGGCCUUGGGCAAGUUACUUAACCUCCCUAAGCCUCAUCUGUAAAAUGAGGUGGAGAGCUGCUGCUGGAGCCGAAAAUGGUUCCUAUUUCCAAGCCAAAGCCUGGCUGAGGAGUUGCCUUGUGGACCUUGAGAACUUCUGUUUUCAGCCCAGAAGCUCCAAAGUUUCUUGGCGCUUCUCGUACCCGGAGAGCCUGUUGAUCCUUGUUACAUGCUGACAGCACAUAGAACCAGUUGUGGAACAUUCACCAGCCCACCUCUGCUCAUAGGGAUGUACAGAUACAAUAAGUUUCUGUGGGUCCAGGAGUCUGGAGAUGGCUUAAAUGGUCCUCUGCCCAGCAUCGCACAAGACUGCAAUCAAAAUGCCAGCUGUGCUGAAUUCUCAUUUGGAGAAUUAGCUGGAGAAUAAUCUUCUUGCAAGCUCAUCCAGUCCCCCCGCCGACCCCCACCGAAUCCGAGGUUGGUUGAAUUCACGGAUGUGGAACCUGAGGAAAAGGACAGCCGACCACGUAGUUCUGUGAGUUUUGACAAACACAUGGAGUCGUGUGACUGUCACCACGGUCAAGAUACAGACGAGUUUCACCACUCACAGAGUUCACUGGGGCCCCUUUGUGGUCAGCACCUCCCCUCUCCACAGCCUCUGGCCACCACUGUCCUCUUUCCUGGCCUUUUAGUUUUCUGUCUUCAGAGUUAUGGCUAUAGAGCAUCAUACAAAUGAAACUAUACAUUGUGUAGCCUUGAGCAUGGAUCCCUCCACCUGGCAUAGCAUAUUUGACAUUCAUCUGUGUUACCAUGUGUGACGGUAGUUUGGUACUUUCUUGGCCACACCGCACAGCAUGCGGGGAUCUUAGUUUCCCGACCAGGGAUCAAACCCGUGCCCCCUGCAGUGGAAGUGCAGAGUCCUAACCACUGGACGGACGGCCCAGGGAAUUCCCUGGUCUUCUUUAUUGCUGAGUAGUGGUUCAGUGUGUGCAUGUUUCCAGUUUUAGAUGAAUAAAAUCGAGUCACUAUAAAAAUUCACGUACAGGUUUUUGUGUGAACAUAGGUUUGCAUUUCACUUGGCUAGGUACCUCAGAGCAGGAUUGCAGGGUCACAUGGCAAGCGUAUUUUACCUGUAGAAGAAAUUGCCAAACUGUUUUCCAACGUGCUUGCAUCGUUUUGCAUUCCCACUAUCAACGCAUGUCACUUUUAAAAUUUUAGUCAUUUUAGUAGGUGUGUAGUGAUAUCUCCUUGUGGUUGUAAUUAGAAUUUCCCUAGUGACUAAUAAUGUUGGGCAUCUUUCUUAAUGUAAUUAUUCUCC